AUGGCUGGUGUUAACGAUAACUGGCAGACGAAAUUACCCAGUAUUGAAGAAAGGACAAAGUUUAUUUUCAACAAAGAACUCAUGAGCGAUGUGAAGUUUGUUUUUACCGAGGCGAAUGAUAACGGAAGCAAGAAGGCAAAGCUGGUUAUCCCAGCUCACAAGUUUGUUCUUGGCAUCAGCAGCCCAGUGUUCUAUGCCAUGUUGUAUCAUUAUGGUCCAAUGGCGGAAACUGGAGACUCCAUUGAACUGUCUGACUGUGAUUAUGAGAGUCUGCUAGAGCUGUUUCGCCAUUUGUACGGCGAUGAGGCAAAUUUAAGCGAAAGCAAUGUCAUGCAAGUUUAUUACUUGGCCGUGAAAUACAUGGUACCUUCCCUUGCAGCGAAAUGCACAGAUUAUAUGUAUGACACCGUGGAUGGAUCUAAUAUAUUUUCCAUUUUGCUGCACGCUCAGAAGUUCAAGGAAAAACAAUUAGAAGAUCGUUGCUGGGAGGUGUUGGCUACCAAAGCAAGCGUAGCCGUGAAUUCUCAUGAAUUCAUUACACUUGAUCGACCUGUUGUUGAAUCGGUUGUGAAGAAGGAAAAGUUGUUUGUCGGAGAAGUGGAAUUAUUCCAGGCAGUUGAUAGCUGGGCCACAAAAGAAAUUGAAAGGAAAGGUCUAGCUCUAAAUGGAAAUAUAAAGCGGCAAGUUUUAGGAGAAGAAAUUGUGAAAGCAAUAAGGUUCCCUUUGAUGUCACAGAAGGAAUUUGCAUCUAUUGUUCUUGACAGCAACAUACUUACGUUGAAAGAGGUUGUUGACAUGAUGAAAUACUACAGUGAAGUAUUAACAACGCGUCCACCGUUUCCACAAGUUCCAAGGUCCGGUCCAUUCUUGCGCUGCUUUACAUUUUAUCCUAGUUCCGUGCCAAUUAACCUCGGUUGGCAGUCCCCGGAUGUUUUUUCCAGCUCACCGCGUAACAAUACGAUUUCGUUUGAAGCCAACAAAUCAUUUUUCCUCCAUGGAUUGCAGAUCUUUGGAAAAGAAGGCAGUACAUACGGUGUUUCUGAAGUCAGAGUUACUGGAGGGUAUUUCAAUGGUGUUCCUUCUCUGUUUAAGCAGUCAGAAAUAUUUGUCUCUAAGACAUACAAGGACAGAGAAAAUUCAGCUGAUUACUUUGACGUGUUGUUUAGCCAACCCGUUUAUGUAGAAAAUGGUAAAAGAUGCCACAUAGUUUCACACAUAACAGGUCCGUUGGCACCCAAAUAUUAUUCAAGUGUUUCGACGCCCGUUGAAUGCGCGGAUGUCACUUUCACGUUCGGUGGAAAUAAAGAUGAGGUGGCUGCUCUGAUAUUUAGCUUUCAAACUUAG